CUCUGCCUUCUGUGUGAGGGAGCCAUGUCUGCCACUGCCGCUGCUGCUGGGAGCACUGUCCAGGAUCUCUGCAAGGAAGCCACUUGCUCCAUCUGCCUGGAUUAUUUCAGGGAUCCCGUGAUCAUUACAGAAUGUGGGCACAAUUUCUGCCGAGCCUGCCUGAGCCAGUACAGUGGGGAAUCGGAUGUGCAGGCCUCCUGCCCCCAGUGCAGGGGGACCUUCCAGAAGAGGAACCUCCGGCCCAAUCGGCAGCUGGCUACUGUUGUGCAAAUUGCCAAGACCUUAAGAGAGCAGGGGGUCAAAGGGGCUGAAGGGAAGGAGCAAGUCUGCAGCAAGCACCAGGAGCCCCUGAAACUCUUCUGCAAGGACCAUGAAGCCCUCAUCUGCGUGGUGUGUGACAGAGCCAAGGAGCAUAGAGACCACCAGGUGGUUCCUCUGGAGGAAGUUUCCCAGAAGUACAAGGAUCUGCUCCAUCAUCGCCUGGAGAUCCUGAUGAAAGAGAAACAAGGGAUUCUGGGAUAUAAAGCAGAGGCAGAGAGAGAAACCCAAGAGCUGCUUAAGCAAAUAAAAACGGAGAGGGAAAAGACAGUGGAUCAGUUCAGAAAUUUACAUCAGUUUCUGGAAGAACUAGAGAAGCUUCUGUUGACCCAGGUGGACGAGCUGGCGGAGGAAGUUGCAAAGAAAAGGGAUGAGCAGCUGGCCAAACUCUACAGGGAUCUCUCCUCCCUUGAGAUUAUCAUCUGGGAGAUGAAGGAAAAGAUUCAGCAGCCACCAAGCAAACUCCUGCAGGAUGUGAGAAGCACCUUGCAGAGGAGUGAAAAGGAGCCCUUUGACAAUCCAGUGACUUUCCAUCCAGAGCUGAAAUGGAGGAUCUGGGACUUCUGUGACAUAAAUCCCUUUCUAGAGGGAGUCAUGAGGCAGUUCAAAGAUACCUUACUACCUGGACUACAUGUAAAGAAAGCAACUAUAACUCUGGAUCCAGACACGGCAAAUCCAGACCUCGUCCUGUCUGAGGAUUGUAAAAGUGUGAGAUGGGAAGAGAGUUGGCAGUAUCUGCCUGACAAUCCAGAGAGAUUCAAUUGCCACCCUAUUGUGUUGGGAUGCCAAGAAUUCACAGCAGGCAGGCACUUCUGGGACGUCUGUGUGGAAAGUGGGGGAGACUGGGCUGUGGGGGUUGCCCGAAAGUCCGUGAGGAGAAAGGGCACUUCUAGAUUGUACCCUGAGGAAGGGGUCUGGGCUGUGAGGAAUUUUGAAGGGGCCUACCAGGAUUUAAACCCUCCUGGUUUCCCUCAUCUGCCUGCAAGUAGGGAGCUGAAGAGCAUCCGAGUGAGUUUGAACUGCAAAGGGGGACGGGUGGCUUUUUACAACACUGACCAAGGGACCCUCCUCUACGCCUUCACUGGGGCUUCAUUCUCUGGAGAGACUCUCCUGCCCCUAUUUUAUGUAGCUGGCAAAGACGGGCUCACACUCUCUUCUUAAGGCAGUGAUGAGCCUCCUCACAGGCCCAGGCCAGGCUGAUUCCUGUAAAAUUCAAGCCUUCCUUAGUUGUUUCAGUGUUUCCCUUCAGGAAAGGCUGUCCAAAGGCCUCUAGCUAAGGUCACCUGAACAAAAAGAAUUAAAUGGUGCCCAAGUUCCUAGCAAUCUCAUUAUUAACCCAGCUCUGUUCCCAGAAAUGGUGUGGCUUCCACAAACCUCAGCUCUCAUGUCUGUUUCCCUUUCUCGCCUUUUCCACAAUACCAUCCUCCACUAGCUUAAGGUGCAACAGGAAAUCCAGCAGUGAGGUCUGAAACACACUACUCUCUCCAUCCAUGACUGUUCCUCAGAGAGCUUCUUGUGGUGUUUUCCCCCAAAUAUCUGUAUUGAAAAGAGAGGUGAGCAUCAAAGGCAGGGUUUAAAAUGGCUGCCUCAAGUGUCCCUAUGAACAAAGAUCGGGGGUCCUCAUGGUGGGGUCCCCAUAGGAGAAGGAAGUAUGGCUGUGGGCCCAUGGGGGGCAGCCCUGUGUUUUUCCUUGCAGCGACUGGGGAAGUGAGCAGAUAGCAUUGUGUACUUUUACUCCCAGGAUACAAUUUUAAAAUAGGUUGAAAUGCAGCUGUAUUGGAGUUAAAUCUUUUUGUUUGAAAUGACGGCAGCAAAGAAGCUAGACUACCUGGGAGGAUUGCAGUGUGUCCUAUUUUCUGGGUGCUGUCAGUUUCAAGGCAUCCUCAGUUUGAAAAGAGGUUCAGGCCAAACCUGGAAUCCAGUUCACCUGGGCAGAGCCUUGCCAGUGAGAGAAUCUCAGUUUUCAAUAUGUGAGGGGAAGAUCUAAACAUUCGAACUGCAGCGGCUAUUUAUUGGUGCCCCAGUUCCUGCAGUAACUGACAGUGCAUUCCCGGGUAGAGGUGAACUCAAGUACGAAAUCACAGCCCAUGUACAGACACUUUUAUAACCUGCUAGUCACGUAUACCAAUGCAGAGUGUCAAGUUUCCAGAUAAUGUUAGUACAAUAGCAU